AUGUGGGCAAGCAAGGUUGCGGCCGCCGAAGAAAAAGUUGGCGACGUUUUUGGAUACGGUGCUGAGGACAAGGACUAUCGAUUUGAAGAAGAAGGAAGUGGAGACUUUGAUUACCGCCAGGGAGCCUUGUGCGAACUUGGUUUCUUUCCAUCAAAAUCACUUGAUCUGAACACUUGUUCUAGGCGCCGGCAUUCUCCUCAACAUGAUGAAGACUGGGAUAUGCGUGGUCCGAAACGUCCUUACAGUGGUCGGGGAUUCCGUGGCUUCCGUCCGAAACCCCGCUGGGCAACCGAGCAUCAGAUCUGCAAAUUUUUCCGCGAAGGGUAUUGCAGGGAUGGGGACAACUGCGCAUACUCGCAUCAAGCUGAAGACUCGCUACGUCGUCCUGAGCUCUGCAAGUUCUAUCAGCAAGGAUUCUGCAAAAAAGGACUUACCUGCCUUUUACUGCACGGCGAAUUUCCGUGCAAAGCGUUUCACAAAGGAGAAUGCAGUCGUGACCCGUGUCAUUUCAGUCACGUUCCCCUCACUGACUAUACUAGGCCUCUUUUCGAACGAAUGUGUCAGGAAGACGAGAUGUAUGCCAGUCGGGGAAUGGGCGGCCCCGUCCCUAUGAAACGUCGUGUUCUUCUCCCUCAAGGACCUAGUGGUGCUCAGCCACCUCUCCCUCCAACGUCAGUUGCUCCUGUGAUUCAUGCUGCUGUCCCACAGCAGCCUUCUAAUGGCGGUCCUCUUGCACCUCCUUCCGUAGUUGUGCCUUCAUUGACGCCCACACCACCUCCGUUCCCUGCCAUGCCACCUAGAUUGCCAUAUUAUGCUGCUCCUGCCCAUGCUUCACCUAGAUUCGAUGAGGCUUCUGCCGUUUCGGGUGCUACACAGACGCCACAAGCCGCGAACACUGCUCCUCCUACGCAGUUUAAUAUCAGCCAGAUGCUUGCCCAAAUCGCUGGUGACUCAAUUGCUGAUGACGAAAGCCCCGCUAGUCCGCCGAUGGGAAGUGGGUCUGCAGACAGUGCUGUUGUGCGACAGAUUCCUGAAGGAAAUGUUGUGGCUUGGAAGUUAAUAGUUGUGGAUGCUCCCCCUACAUACUCAGGAGUUACUCCCGAUCUUUCAUUGACGAGCCAAGACCCUAGAAUGAACCGUGUUAUGCAAUCGCAGUUCGAUGCCGUUUCUUCGUUGAUCGCUGGAACUCCUUCAGCCGAAUCUUCAUUAAAUAGAUCCGAUUUAAAGUUUAGGCCCGAAGAAAGGAGGCCUAGUGAUGACAGGCCGCGAGCUUCGUCGUGGAUGCCACAAAUGGCUUAA